AUGAACGACGAGCAACUAGGAUGGGGCUGUUGGGGGUCUUUGAGGUGGGAUGCCGAUGAAGCUAUUGGUGGUGAUGAGGUCAAUUUUCGACACCGAAAGCCACUGGAAUUUUGCUUGAAGCAUGCGAAUCGAUCAAGGGCAAUGGUCGUUGAUUACCACAGACCCGUAUGUAACAACUUAGCCAGCUCACCAAACGGCGUUGUGUCAACCAUUCAAACCUCCGUCUCUCCUAUGUCGCUCGUCAUCCCUUCGCAGUCAACUCUCGGUGGCCACCUAGCCCGGCGACUCGUCCAAGUUGGUAUCACUGACGUUUUCUCUGUACCCGAUGACUUUAACUUUACUCUUCUCGAUCAUUUAAGGGCCGAGCCUAGGCUUAACGUGAUUGGAUGCUGUAAUGAGCUGAAUGCCGGUUAUGCCGCCGAUGGAUACGCGAGGUGGCGUGGUGUCGGCGCUUGUGUUGUGACUUUCACGGUUGGUGGUCUUAGCUUGCUGAAUGCAAUUGCUGGAGCUUAUAGUGAAAAUCUACCAGUAAUUUGUAUAGUCGGAGGGCCAAAUAAAAAUUAUCGAACCAACAGAAUACUUGAUCACACUAUUGGAUUGCCUGAUUUCAACCAAGAAUUUAGGUGCUUUCAGACUGUUACAUGCUUUCAGGCUGUUGUGAAUAACUUAGAAGAUGCGCAUGAAUUGAUCGAUACUGCUAUAUCAACUGCUUUGAAAGAAAGCAAGCCAGUUUAUAUCAGCAUCAGUUGUAACUUGCCUGCUAUUCCUUGUCCUCCUUUUAGUCGUGAGCCAGUUCCAUUUUCACUUUCCCCCAGAUCAAGAAAUCAAUUGGGGUUGGAGGCUGCAGUUGAGGCAGCAGCAGAGUUCUUGAACAAGGCUGUGAAACCAGUAUUGGUUGGUGGACCUAAACUGCGAGUGGCCAAAGCAUGUAAUGCCUUUGUGGAGCUUUCUGAUGCUUGUGGUUACCCAUUUGCGGUGAUGCCAUCAGCCAAAGGGCUAGUACCAGAAGACCACCUUCAUUUUAUUGGAACUUAUUGGGGAGCAUUGAGCACUGCCUUUUGUGCUGAAAUUGUGGAAUCUACCGAUGCUUAUUUGUUCGCUGGACCCAUAUUUAAUGACCUUAGCUGUGUAGGGUACUCUCUUCUUCUGAAGCGAGAGAGCGCGAUUAUUGUCCAGCCUGAUCGUGUGGUUAUUGGGAAUGGACCUUCAUUUGGAUGUGUUUUGAUGAAAGACUUUCUGAAAGCACUUUCAAAGCGGCUCAAGCGCAAUACUACAGCUUAUGACAAUUACCAGAGGAUUUAUGUUCCUGCGGGGCAACCUCUUAAGUGUGAACCUAAAGCGUUAUUGAGGGUGAAUAUUCUGUUUCAACAUAUACAAAAGAUGCUAUCUGGUGAAACUGCUGUAAUUGCUGAUACAGGGGACUCUUGGUUUAACUGCCAGAAACUGAAAUUGCCACGGGGAUGCGGGUGUGAGUUCCAAAUGCAAUAUGGAUCAAUUGGAUGGUCGGUUGGUGCAACUCUUGGUUAUGCGCAGGCUGUGCCCAAUAAGCGUGUCAUUGCUUGUAUUGGUGAUGGUAGCUUUCAGAUGUCUGCACAAGAUGUAUCGACAAUGCUGCGAUGCGGGCAGAGGAGUAUCAUCUUCCUGAUUAACAAUGGUGGUUACACCAUUGAAGCUGAGAUCCAUGAUGGACCUUAUAAUGUGAUAAGGAACUGGAACUACACGGGGUUUGUUGAUGCAAUCCACAACGGCGAAGGCAAGUGCUGGACAGCCAAGGUCCGCUGUGAGAAGGAGCUGAUUGAAGCAAUUGAGGAUUCAACUGGACCAAAGAAGGCUUGCUUGUGCUUCAUUGAGGUAAUUGUUCACAAGGAUGAUACCAGCAAAGAACUAUUGGAAUUGGGGUCAAGGCUCUCUUUUGCCAAUAGCCGCCAGCCAAAACCUCAAUGUUCUUGGGCUUGAAGCAUUAAACCAGAAAUUAAAUGAUGUAUUAUCCUUCUCUCCUAUUUAAAUUGCAAGGACUAGCACAAGGAUUUUGGCUUGCUGAAUCAGCCUAGUUCCACGGUUUUCUAAUAUUAGUCUUUUAGAAGUGA